AUGGUUGCCGAAGUAGCUGCUAUCGAGUUCGCAGGUCUGCUACUACAAUUUACACAAAUCAGCGUCAAAUUGUUCCAUCAUGCUCGAGAAGGCUACAACUCUGCCUCUGGAUCCACAGCUCGCGACGAAAUCUUGGCGGUACAUGCGAGCCGAACAAGGGACCUAGCCAAGAGUAUUCUUGAGAACGAAGAGGGCUUGAAUGGUCGCUCAACCCAGCUCAGAGAAAUCACCCCCGCCUCUGAAAAGGCUGCGACGGAGUUGAUCGACUUGCUCGAUACCCUGAGGGUGAAGGUAGAGCAUGGCGACAAGAUUUCCAGCCGGAGGUGGAAGAGCGUUGAACAAGCAUUACGGCAUCUAGUGAAUGAAGGGAAGAUUCACAGACCGGAGGAGAGAUUUGAGAGUCUCUGCAAAGAUUUACAAAUGUUUCUUGCUUUCGCUGCCGACCGUUUCCAGGGAGAGGUUGUACGAGUGAGAAGACAGCAUCAAACUUUACAGAGUUUGAAGUUUGAUCAAAUCAAGACGAGGCAAGAAGCGAUCAAGAAGAGUCACAGAGACACGUUCAACUGGAUCUUUGAAGAGGAAAACACCACCUUCUCGCAAUGGCUGGAGUCCGAAAAUGGUUUCUACUGGAUUCGAGGAAAGCCAGGGAGUGGAAAGUCUACUCUGAUGAAAUUUCUCGUUUCCCACCAGACAACGAAAUUGAAGUUACGAAAAUGGGGCGAUGGCUGUACAACUGUAAUAGCCAGCCACUACUUCUGGAAUGCAGGGAAUACCAUGCAAAAGUCUCAACUUGGCCUUUUGCAAACACUUCUAUACGAGGUGUUGAAGGAGGUGCCAGAUCUGAUCGAGCAAGUUUGCGGAUCCCGCUGGUCCUGGUCAGAACCUACCCUAACGGACAUAUGGGACAAGGGUGAACUGCUCACGGCUUUCGGCAUGCUCGCCAAACAGUCGGAGAUAUCUGCUAAAUUCUGCUUCUUCAUCGACGGAUUGGAUGAGUAG